UGAAAGACGAGGACUAAUUGUGGAAUUGGUUCAAAACUCGAAGGACCAUAAGUGGAAUUUCUUCUUUUUGUAAACCGUCUUUAUUUUAGUCAUAAAUAUGUAAUUAUUUCAAAAAAUAAAAGAGUGAUAUAAAAAACACAGUGAGUUGGAAUGUGCAAUUCCCACUGAGUGAUUACAAAUAAAAAAAAACUAAUUGGAAUGUUCAAUUCCAACUGCAUGCUUUUAAGGUGUACCCCAUCAACCCUAAUUCUAGUUGGAAUGUGCAAUUCCGACUCUCGUUAUUCCAGAAAACAAAAGCCAUUUGGCGGUCCAUGUUAGAAAAGUCUGUGUUUUAAGAAAGCAACCUAAAAUACAGAGUACUACACAACUUCAAUAUGAUCUUUUUGACCCGAGUCAUGGUAUUUAGGGGUGGAUCGGGGCCAAAUUGGCCGAGUCCAUCACUCUUGACAUUUCCUACUUCUAAACCCCUCAUCUUCUUCCAUGCUACCACUACUAGAAUUUUCGUCAUUUGCUGCACCCUAUUUGCUGCUGUUAAACACGAACCGCAGCAAAUAACUUGAAAAUUAUUGCGGUCAUAAAGGACCCGCAGCAGCAAAAAAGUGACGUUAUUUGUUGUUGUCGUUGCCCAACUGCAGCAAUUGUAUAUUUACUAUUACGUGCGAGACCUGAUCGUUAUGCGUACGAGGGCCACAGAUCAGAUACGCCAUUAGCUACUUUGCGCAGCAGCAGUUCCGCCGGCCUCCUCCAUCAGCUACCUCACUCCAAUCGCAAGCCACCGCCAUCUCCGUCGAUCAGUAGCCUCCGCCUCCUCCAACAGUUUGCCGCCUCAUCCAGCCGCCACCGUCACAUUUCUGAAAAGUUUUAUCCCUCUAGAAAAGUUCUAUUGUCACUUAGUAGAGAUUGUAAAUGGCUGCACUCGGUGAUAGCAUCCCGAUCUAGCAAUGAUCCCAUUGAUGUUACACUAGAUGCCUCUAUGUUCCAUUAUGAAUUUGAUGAUGGUCAUGUGUAUCUUACUAUGGAGGACAUCACUCAAUUUCUGUCCGGUGCAAUGCUUAAUAUUUCCAUCAUUCAAGUAUCUGUGAUGUAUGAUCUUGAAACUGUAUGACUAAUUACUAGAGUAUUUAAUUUAUGUUAGAAUUUGAACUCUUUUUUUUUACAAAGCCAUGUAGGAUUAUCUACAGGGUUUGGAUACCCAUGCACAACUUGGAUGGAUGUGUCCUGAUUCAAUUUGUGCAAUUGCAUGUGAAAAUAACCCUGAAGAUGUGAAAGAUUACAUACACCGAGCCAUCACUGAAUCUCAGAAUGCCGACGUAGAUAUUCUUGUUGCUCCUUAUUAUGAAAAGUAUUCAUUUCUAUCUAUUUUAUUAAGUUGAUUUAUUAUAUUUAUAAUAUCAAUGAUAUACCAAUUUGAUUUUGUAGCUAUAACACAAUGUACGUCACUAAUUAAUCGUGCAAUUAUCAUUGAGUGUUGCUUGCGAUUUGGAUCUCACGCGGCAUGAUCUUUAUGUAUGAUUCUCUUCGAACCAGUCCGAUGUGUCGUUUAUUAAUCAUGUCAUUGUGCAGUAGUGUUUUUAGAAAUAUUUGCGCGAAUGGUGAAAAGGUGAAAAAGAUUACUUGGAAACAGAUGAAGUGCGCAAAACAAAUGAGCGGCUUGGAAUGUGGAUUUUAUGUAAUGAAAUUCAUGUAUAAUGUGGUUAGAAGCAUCAAUGAAGGCCAAGAUCCGGAGCAGGUGUACACAAGCACCUUAAGGGAUGAGGCAUUUUCAAAGGUAGAAAUCGAUGAGAUCCGGGAUAGAUGAGCGAUAUUUGUUUGUGAUAAUUUGUUGUAAACAAUAUAUUGUGUGAAG